AAUUCAAUCGACAACAAAGUUAACGGCAUGAGAAUUUCUAGCAGGCUAUUCCAAAAUUCCUAUGAAUUCGAUGCUACUUAUAAUACUAAAUCUCACUAUAUAUAUCCAAACAACAAUCAUCUAUUCUAUCCAACAAAAACACAAUUACAAUAUAAUCAAACCAAAAGAGCACAAACAUGGUGAGUGGUCAACUUUGCCAUGAGCUAGAAUUCAAGGCACCAGCCAGUCAAGUUUGGGAGCUCUGUGGGACUCUUCGUCUAGUAAAGCUCAUCGAGGAACAACUCAAAUCUGUUAUCGAAAAAAUUAAUGUAGUUGAAGGCGAUGGCGGUGUUGGAACAACUCUCCACCUAGAUUUUGUCCCUGGUGUGGCGAAGUUUAAAAGUUUGAAGGAGAAGUUCACUAAGAUAGACAACGAGCAGCGAGUGAAGGAAGUUGAAGUGGUGGAAGGAGGAUUCCUUGAGUUGGGCUUCACACUUUAUCGAAUUCGCCUCGAGAUCUGCGAGAAAGAUGAAGAUUGUUCCAUAAUUAAGUCCACCAUUGAAUAUGAAAUCAAGGAUGACUAUGCUGAAAAUGUUUCCCUUGUGUCUCUUGAUGCCCUAGCAGCCAUUGCCCUUAUUGUGCAAAAUCAUCUUACUAAGACUUAAAAGAAAAGGAAAUCAUUAGACAUGAUAUUUCCAACAAUAAUUUUUACAUGUUUAUUCUGGUACUGUGCACAUUAUCAUUGAUAAAUCU